AUGGAGCCUGGCAAUUAUGCCACCCUGGACCUGGCCAAGGAUAUGGAAGGCUUGCUGGGAACCGGAGGGGCUAGGCAUCUAGCCCCCCACUACUCGCUAACUAGCCAUCCAGCGGCGCCGACGCUGAUGCCCGCUGCCAACUAUGCCCCCGCGGAGCUGCCAGGUUCUGCUGAACCGCCGAAGCAGUGCCACCCAUGCCCCGGGGUGCCCCAGGGGGCGUCCCCAGCCCCAGUGCCUUACGGCUACUUUGGAGGCGGGUACUACUCCUGCCGAGUGUCCCGGAGCUCUUUGAAGCCCAGUGCCCAGGCAGCCACCCUGGCCGCCUACCCCGCGGAGACGCCCGCGGCUCCUGGCGAGGAGUACCCCAGCCGUGCCACCGAGUUUGCCUUCUAUCCGGGGUACCCUGGACCGUACCAGCCCAUGGCCAGUUACCUGGAUGUGUCGGUGGUGCCGACACUCGGUGCCUCUGGGGAGCCGCGCCACGACGCCCUGCUGCCUGUGGACAGCUACCAGCCCUGGCCCCUCGCUGGUGGCUGGAACAGCCAGAUGUGUUGCCAGGGAGAACCGAACCCGCCCGGUCCCUUUUGGAAGGCGCCAUUUGCAGACUCCAACUCACAGCACCCUCCGGAUGGCUGCGCCUUCCGCCGGGGCCGCAAGAAGCGCAUUCCCUACAGCAAAGGGCAGCUGCGAGAGCUGGAACGGGAGUACUCGGCUAACAAGUUCAUCACCAAGGACAAGAGGCGCAAGAUCUCCGCGGCUACCAGCCUCUCAGAGCGCCAGAUCACCAUCUGGUUUCAGAACCGCCGGGUCAAGGAGAAGAAGGUCCUCUCCAAGGUCAAGACCAGCGCUACCCCGUGA